AGACGGAUAUCAGGAACGGAGUUUCUACAGAAGCACGCAGUCGCAGACGGUCGAGCUCUUCCGUUUACGUUGCUCAGUGUGACCAAUAGAAGCCGAGGACUUGGCUGCGGUUGGUAGCCAAGUUUGUUUAUGUUCUAAAUACGAUAAUUUUUUUUUUUCAGGCACAAGAAUAUCUAGUGUUCUAUCACGUAUUCGUUUAUUUUUAUCAUACAUUUAAAAUCUGCCCGUGUUUUAUGUCGAAGCAUAUUUUUUAGAAAUCGAAAUUAAUAUUUCGUAACCUUGAAAACCGUGUGUAAUUGUUUGUAAUUUGUUUCGUUUCCGUGUAUUUUGGAAGCAGCAUACGUGAUAUAGUGAACGGGAAGCCUUCUUUUCACAGACGAGAGAGCCAAAACCCGAAGUUCCCCGAAGUUCAUGUUUUUUUUCCGUAUCUUUAAUGUAGCUAUCCUAACCAAAUCAACUGUCCACAAUGUUUUAAAGUAUUUAUAAUGUAGCCAACAUAACCUAAUUGACCAUUAGUAUCUUUUUAUCAACACCGCCGUAUUUAUUUACAAUGAACAAAAUAAAAAAAACCGAAGAUGCACGAUCGGACGUUUGGAAAGCAAGCCGUAACGAACAGUCGCGGAGCUACGGAGCGAGUAUCGACUGUUAUCGAGUCCGGAGUAUCGACCGCGCGGCCGGAGAGAGGGAGCCCUCUGCGCAUGCGCGCCGGGCGGCGUGGGCUGUCGUCGCGCCAGUGUCGCACCUGCCGGCCGGCCGCACGCACAGCUGGCAAGAUGGCGGACGCCGGCGCCGAGGGGAAAGUGGUGCUGAAGCGCAAGAUCACGCUGCUGAACGGCGUGGCGCUGAUCGUGGGCACGAUCAUCGGCUCGGGGAUCUUCGUGUCGCCGGCAGGGGUGUACGCGUACAGCCGCAGCGCCGGGCUGUCGCUGGUCGUGUGGCUCGCAUCAGGGGCCUUCUCCACGCUGGGCGCGCUGUGCUUCGCCGAGCUGGGCACGUGCAUCACGCGAUCCGGCGGAGACUACGCCUACAUCAUGGAGGCGUUCGGCCCGCUGCCCGCCUUCCUGCAGCUGUGGGUGGCGCUGGUCAUCAUCCGCCCCACCACGCAGGCCAUAGUGGCGCUCACCUUCGCCUACUACGCCGCCAAGCCCUUCUUCCGCGAGUGCGACCCUCCGGCCGACGCCAUCCGCCUGCUGGCAGCCGCCUGCCUCUGCGUGCUGACGGCGGUGAACUGCGCCAGUGUGCGCUGGGCCAUGCGCAUACAGGACGUGUUCACUUACGCCAAGCUGUUCGCGCUGGUCGCCAUCAUCGUGGCCGGACUCGUGCACCUCUGCGCAGGCAACACCGCCGGCUUCCAGGACGCCUUCAGCGGCGACUACGACGUGGGCGGCAUCUCGCUGGCCUGCUACUCGGGGCUGUUCGCCUUCGGUGGCUGGAACUUCCUCAACUUCGUGACGGAGGAGCUGCAGGACCCCUACAAGAACCUGCCCCGCGCCAUCUGGAUCGCCAUGCCCCUGGUGACGCUGGUGUAUGUGGCGGCCAACGUCGCUUACUUCGCCGUGCUGUCCCCCCAGGAGAUGCUCACGUCCCCCGCUGUGGCAGUGACGUUCGGCGACAAGCUGUUCGGGCCGAUGGCGUGGACGGUGCCCGUGUUCGUGGCGCUGUCCACGUUCGGCGGCGUGAACGGGAUCCUGUUCACGUCGGCGCGCCUGUUCCUGGUCGGCUCGCAGGAGGGCCAGCUGCCCGCUCUGCUGUCCUUCAUACACGUGCAGUACUUCACCCCGGUGCCCGCCCUGCUCUUCACGUGCGCCAUGUCGCUGGUGAUGCUGUGCACGAGCGACGUGUUCCUGCUCAUCAACUACUUCAGCCAGAUCCUGUGGCUGUCGACGGGGGCGUGCAUCGCGGCGCUGCUGCACCUGCGGCGGUCGCGCCCCGUGCUGCCGCGGCCAAUCAGGGUGCACCUGGCGCUGCCCGUCGCCUUCCUGCUGUGCUGCGCCUUCCUGGUGGCCGUGCCCGCCGUCGCCGACCCGCUCGCCACGGUGAUCGGGCUGGCCAUCACUCUGUCCGGCGUGCCGGUGUACCUGCUGCUGGUGCGGUGGGAGGGCAAGCCCCGCUGCUACGACUCGGCUCAGAGGAAGCUGACGUCCGUGGUCCAGAAGCUACUGCAGGUGGUGAGCCCGGACGAGGGCAGCCCCGCGACUGGUUCGACCUGAAGCACUUUGGCCAACCCCGCAGACGAGCUGCGCUCGGUGUACGUUGCUUGCAUUCCACGUGUUGUCGGCGGCUUCUGUGUCCACCCUGUACGCUCGGGCGUGCCGCUUCGUCGUUUGCAAUGUGUCCCCCCCCCUCCCUCUUUGAGGGUUAUUGGUUGUUUCCAGCCGCGCUGAAUGACGGUGCAAGAUGCUUUCGUACACAAAUAUGUCAGAAAAAAUUCCCCUGGUUUUUCCCUGACCAAAACUACAAAUUUUUUAAAAUAAAUAAUUGACCUAUUUUGCAAUUUUCUGAAAGGAAUUAAAAAACAUUCUGUUACAAGAUGGCAUAAAUAAUUAAUGUGAACUCAACUGGUAGAGUAAACAGUAUAGCACGAAGGGUUGCUGGGGGUAGUAUUAAGAAUAAUUUUGGUUUUUGCACAGGAAUUGAAAUAAAUUUGUAAUAUAACCAAAUUUUUUUAUUCUUCUGUGAAAUGAGUUCCUAAUUGAGACAAGAUGGCCAGUUUCAUUUAUUAAAAAAGAUAGCAUGAUACUUAGUGUGUCAUUUUGACUAAUAUAAUGAUCAUGGUAUUUGUACGUAGCAACAUAAAAAAAAUGGUGUCAAUAGUAACAGUUAGUUGCAAGAUUGACAAAAGUAAUUUCUUUUUUAUUAAGAUAACCAGUUGGGUUAUAAGCAUACAUAAUGUAUUGAUCUAUUGAUCAUUGCAUUCAUCACCCCUUUAUGUACGUCCCUUGAAACAGCCUGUAUUAAAAAUCAAUGACUGCUGUACAAUCUGACUGUAAUUUAGAGCCGCUGGAAACCUUUUAGUUAACGUCCUUACAACCUUUGUCGACUGUCGUCCAUUCAUGGAGACUGCUAAGUUUCCUCAUUGCCAUAACUGAAUCUCAAAUGUUUGCUAUUUUUUAUGAAAUUUUGUAUUUAAUUUUAAAGUGCUAGUUUAGUUAGGAGUAAUUAUUUUUAUAUUGUCAUAGUACAUAUUUAAAGAGGACCAAAAGUGUAACUCGUGACAAUCAUAUGUCUUAGGACGUUUCUAUUUAUUCUCUUUCAAAUGUGACGAUGUUUAUAACUAGUUUGUAGAUGAAAUGUUUGUGCUUUUGUUAGUUAGGCACAUGAAAUAUUAAUUUCACUUUCAUCCAAACACUGUUUUGGAAUAAUCUAAGUACCGUGAUUGAAUGUAUAAAUUAGUUUUUCAGGGGAUCUCUAUUACAACUAACAUUCACCUAUGCUGAAAUAUUAUGAAUAGAAUGUGAUACUUGGGCAAGUCUAAAGCUACUUGUUAGGACCUACUCCCAUACAUAAGGUUUAUUUUUUCUUCUUCCAUCAUGUGUGUGUAAUUUGUUACUUAAAAUCAAAUGGUUCUUCAACAUCAAUCUUAUUUAGUGGAAAUACUACAAAUUAAAUUUUUUUAAGUUUUCUAGAUUCUGCGAUAUCUGAAUAUCGCUGACUGGACCUAACCUUCAAUAGGAUGUUAUUUCAUUUUGCUUACCUGACCAAACUUCCUCAUUUGUGUUGGAAAAAAAAAAAUCUGUUAAGAAUCAUUCAAUGUUUGUAAUCAAAGACUGUUUAGAGAACCUGAACAGUAAUUCAGAAGCUAGUUAACUAUUCCAAUGAAACAGUAUAUUACACUGGACCAUCAUCAUACAGACUAGAACAAUGUUAAAAGUUGUGUGUAAUCAAUGCAUUACAUUUCCAAAGCCUCGCUUUGCUUUUUCUUCUUUCAUAUUGCCUUUGGCUUAGCGACUUUAGUUAUACCGUCCAUAACACGAUUCUGGGAAGUUGUUACACAAGGAUGCAGUUAUUGUCUUGUGCUACGGACUGUCAUGAUUGUCAAACAGGAAUCGGAAUUAAAAUAGCACUAGUGUAUAUAGGUUUUAUGAAACUGUCAAAAUAUAAUUUUUUAAUAUAGUCGAGCUCAAGAUAUUUAAAAUUGCAAUAGUUGUCUGAUGUGUCGUUCAUUUACUUGUCACUACUAUUUUGUAAGGGCUAUUGAUCUAUUACGGUAGUUCAUCUCGAAUGACGUCACCAGGUAUUUAAUAAAACCACACACAAAGUGUUCAUAUGGUAUUUUACGUUUAGUAAAUGCCCAUCCUUUGUGAGCUAGAAUGUAAUGUGAUUUUGGUAUAGUUCCAUAACCAAAUACUGAGAACAUGAACUUUUUUUUAUAUACAUAUUACCAACAAUGUUCCUUGGAAUAUAAGCAACACACUACAGCCAUGACUGAAAUUGUUUAAUAAGAUUGACCACUCACAAGUUUCAUGUAUGGAUGCGAAAACGAAAAUCUGUCUUAGUUCUUGUGGUACAUGUUCAGACAGUGAUGAGUAGUUUUGCUUGCUGGUAAUGUAAUUGUAUGCAGUGUGAAUCUGGUAGAGCUUCCACGAUCGUGACAAUAAUUGUGGUACUUAGUUUCAUAGCCUUUACGCUUACUCGCCGCUGCAAAUACUUGUGGAGGAUACUUUGAUAUAACUUAUUGCUUUGUCAUUUGAAGAUUCUUGUGUUUUUAUUUUUAUAAAUGUUGUACGUCUGCAUAUAAAAUUACCUGUGGCAUUAAAGAUUUAAUUAAGCUA